UCGACAGCCGUCCAGGAGGAGAAGCGCGGAUAGAUCGAGUCGAGUGCGUGCGUGCGUGCGUGCGUGCGUGUACGAGCCGACGACGAUUCGGUCGCUCGGCUGUUCCGUGUGAAAAGAGAGCGAGAAACGGCAGUAACGCGAUGGUCAUUCGGCCGGCAGGUCGCGCAAGGUCCUCCGCUGGCUAAAAGCUAGACCUCGAGCAUCUUCUCCGGCGAGCAGACGUGUCAUGGAGAAAAGGAACGAUGUUGACGACGAGCGACUCUACCGUACUUGGAUUGCAAACUGUGACAACGGUACCGGACGAGGCCGAGGACAACUUUAAAGUUCCGAGAACUACAGUAGUACACAUGGCGUCGACGGCGACGAGACCGCAGCACAUGUCGCAGGUCCUGGCGACCUUGGCUCUGUCCAUGGGAACGUUGUCGUCGGGUUUGGCUAAGGGUUACACAUCGCCGGCUCUCGACUCCAUAUUAGAUAAUCAACCACCGAAUCUCUAUCAAUCUAACAACAACGGCACUUGGACGGCCUUCUCGGUAACGCUGCAGGAAGCCUCGUGGGUAGCCUCGUUGUCGAUGCUGGGCGCUUGGUUCGGCGCCAUGAUCGGUGACUGGAUAAUGCGGAAGGGCCGCCGGCUGGCCCUCCGACUGACCUCCCUGCCCCUGGCCGCAGCCUGGGUCCUCACCGGCGUCGCGCCCUGCCUCGAGCUCAUCUACACCACGAGCUUCAUUGGGGGCCUCUGCUGCUCCGUCAUUACGAUGGUCGCUCAGGUCUAUAUCUCGGAGAUCUCGUUGCCGGGGAUUCGCGGCUGCCUGUCGGCGAUGUUGAAGGUACUGGGUCACGUGGGUGUGCUCCUGUCCUACAUAGCGGGCUCGUACUUGAACUGGCGCCAAAGCGCCCUUCUCGUCGCCAUAGCACCCUCGAUGCUUCAAACGCCCUCUUAUCUCGUCCUCAAUGGCAAGGACGAGGAAGCGGCCAGCAGUCUUCAAUGGUUGCGUGGAUCCCACGUUGACAUUAGACACGAGCUCCAGGUCAUAAAAACUAACAUUUUGGCCUCGCGAGCCAAACAGUACGAGCUGACUUUCAAGAGCAGUAUGUUAGCGCCACGGUUGUACAAGCCAAUCGGUAUAACCUGCGGUCUCAUGUUCUUUCAAAGAUUCUCCGGGGCGAAUGCUUUUAACUACUACGCCGUCAACAUCUUCCGGCAGACUUUGGGCGGCACGAAUCCUCACGGGGCCACGAUUGCCAUUGGAUUUGUCCAGCUUUUAGCAUCGCUUUUGUCAGGCUUCCUUAUCGACAUCGUCGGCAGACUGCCGCUACUCAUCGCCAGUACCGUGUUCAUGUCGUUGGCUCUCGCUGGUUUCGGCAGCUACGCCUACUACAACUCCAUGUCCCAGAUGCAGAGUCUACCGGCGUCUUCGUACGCGGCGGAGGCUGCCGCCAGCGUCACCGGGCACCACGAUUGGAUUCCCCUCUUCUGCGUCCUCGUCUUUACAACGGCCCUGGCCUUGGGCGUCUCGCCCAUCUCCUGGCUUCUCAUCGGCGAGCUCUUCCCCCUCGAGUACCGGGGACUCGGCUCGAGCAUCAGCACGAGUUUCAGCUACUUCUGCGCUUUCGUUGCCAUUAAACUUUACAUGGACUUUCAGGAGACGCUGGGCCUGCACGGCGCCUUCUGGUUCUACGCGGCCGUGGCCGUGAGCGGCCUCUGCUUCGUCGUCUGCUGCGUGCCAGAGACCAAGGGUAAGCAGCUCGACGAAAUGAACCCGGAGUACGCACAGGCACGGUAGUAUAAGGCCUC